GGGGGGGGGGGGGGGGGGGACUGAAGGAGACAAGGCUACUUUUAACGACAAUUGCAUGGACUUUUCAUCGUUGGCGUAUGCAAUUGCACCGUGAUGGACAUUUGAAUGGGCGUUGUCAUUUCCACGCCCCUGCCGUAGCUUAGCUUUUGUCUUUUGCGUGUGUGCAGUUGGUGUGUUGCGUUAUGUAGCCAGCCCUCGACUCGGCGAGAUUUUGCCGCAAUUUUACCGUGAAUUAUCUGUCACUUGGGAGAGGAGUUGGCGAUGGCGGGGCGACUGCCAGGGGGGAAUCAUUAUUUGGGGGGUGGGUUUGGAGGGGGCGGGCAGAGGGUGAUCGGAGAUUACAUUGUGACGCAGCAGAUAGGAUCGGGUAGUUUUGCGGUGGUGUGGAAGGCGCAUCACAAGCAGCACUCGGCUUUUCAGGUGGCAAUCAAAGAGAUCGCGACUGAGAAGUUGAACAAAAAGUUGCAGGAGAGUCUGAGGAGCGAAAUUGCCAUUCUGCGGAGGACUGAUCACCCCAAUAUCAUCCGCUUACACGAUAUUGUCGAGGGGCAGAAUAGGAUAUAUCUUGUGUUGGAGUACUGCGCAGGUGGUGAUUUAGCCGCUUACAUCCAGCGGUAUGGCAAGGUUGACGAAGUGGUCGCACGCCACUUCAUGCGGCAGCUGGGAGCUGGGCUGCAGGUGCUACGGAAUAAUAAUUUGAUACAUCGGGAUCUCAAGCCGCAGAAUCUGCUGUUAUCCACGAACGAUGAUCUUGCAGUAUUGAAGAUUGCGGACUUUGGAUUCGCUAGAUCGCUUAUGCCUCAGGGCAUGGCGGAGACCCUAUGUGGAUCACCUCUGUACAUGGCUCCAGAGAUUCUCCAGUCAAAGAGAUAUGACGCUAAGGCAGAUCUGUGGAGUGUGGGUGCUAUUCUCUACCAGUUGUUCACUGGUCGACCUCCUUUCUCUGGAAACAACCAUGUUCAGCUGCUUCAAAAUAUCCUCAAGUCUACAGAAAUCCGCUUUCCAGAUGCAAUCAUGGCUCAGUUACACCCAGAUUGCAUAGACAUGUGCCGUAAAUUGCUGCGCAAGGACCCAGUUGAACGGUUGGCUUUUGAGGAAUUCUUUGCACACCCCUUCAUGGGAGCAAUGAGAUCCAAGGCAGACGACAUGCAAACAGGGGGGAGCACUUCUGGAGGUACUGGUGACGCAAGUGAAACUUCUCAAGAAGAUUGCUUUCCAUUUACGCUGGAUGAUGAUCAACAAGACUCUGCACAUGGGAAAUUCGCUUCGUUAAAGCCGCCUUUGUUUUCGGAAUCACCACCCAGCAGCCCGUAUCUUCCUCCUACUGGAAGGAAACCGAAUUCAGGGCAUUUGUCUCCAGCUGGAAUGGGCUUUACUGCACCUGAUCAUCCCGACAACAGGUCUAGGAUUCUUGAUGGAGUUGCUGAAGGAAGUGCAGGUUUGGAUGGUGAUUUUCAUCCUGCCCAUUCUGGUUCUCCCACAAAAGGAGGCCGUACAGUUGCAUCUCCCGUGAUUGCUCGUGCUUAUCAGAAAUCUCCAUGUGGGAAACUGAAAGGUGCAUUGGGAGAUUCCAUUGAUACAAUUGAACGUGAGUAUGUUCUCGUGUCAGUUCCAAUAACAUCGACUGAAAAUCUUUCGAAUUCAUCAAACGCUAAUGAUGCUGGCGGAGUCCAGCAAAGAAGAAGAAUUGAUAGUUUCCCUCAGAAAGUAAAUAGUCCAUACGUGGGCACAAGUUCUGGAGGAGUUGGUAGUGGUGCCAGUAACUGUUCAGUUCCAUCACAUAGCUCACAAGAAGCUGAAGGUCCUUCGCAGCAUCCACCUACUCGACUUUCCUCUUUACAGAGAUGUGCACGAUUCAUUACAGAACUCGCCACAGACAAGAUGAAUAAAGAGCUGGGAUUAGAGGCAUUUGUAAUUCAGCUUGUGUGCCUAGCAAUCUGGAAGGAAGCACUUCAUGUCUGUCAAACCUGGGCUGAUUCUGAACACGUUGGCAGUAAUGGAGGAAGGGGUGGUUCAGAGGAUAUUGAAAGCCAGGAAAGAUCUGUGGCAAAUACUUGUUCUUUAAUGGAACGGGAGUUUGCUUUUGCUGUUGAGCGAGCUGAAUCCUUAGCAAUACACAUAGAUAUUGCUGAUGAGAUGCCAGAUGCUAUGGAGCUUAUAUUCCAAUCAGCCCUUGAACUCGGCAAAGCUGGAGCGGUGGAUGAGCUCAUGGGGAGUAUGGCGAACGCCUCCUCUGCUUAUGAGAAGGCUGCUUCCCUGCUAUACUUUCUUGUAGUCGAGGCUGUAUCACUACCAAUUCAGCCUCCUCUACUACUCUCCGACAUUGACAGGCAUCGGCUUCGUCGAUAUUAUGAUAACAUAACUGCUCGCCAGCAUCAGUGCGCUGCCAGUGCUCAGACCCGCCACGUAAUUAUGGCCAAGACGUAAUGACGGAAGGUUGACGAAUUCUGGCUUGCGUGCUGAGGAGCUUGAAAGAUUUCUCUAGUCUCUGUUAAGUAAUACAAACAUUUUUUUUCCAGAAUUGAAAUUGGAUCGCCAAGCCAAGUAUACUCGAUGGUGGCCGUGUAUCUGGUUUGCAUUGAAUUAAGAUUUUGAGUUAAUCCACUCAGAAGGAAGAUGGGAAAGCAACUCGGCGGAACGAUGGCUUCCUCUCCUGUAAGGUGAAUCAGUAAUGUAGCUACCCUUGGAUCUUACAAGGUAGCGACUGGUAGCAGCGUUCACCAUGGAUGCGGUAGUUAAUCUCUUCGAAACCAAGCGGCCUGACGACAAGCCAAAAAUUUAAUUAGAGGAAACUUGCUGAGUCAACUGCUUGGCAGUCUGAAGGUGUCGGUGGUGAUCGGUGUGCUCAAUUUGUCUCAGGUCUUUAAAGUAAGUUUAGACGACUCCAGCCUACAUCCUGGAAUAACGGGUUUAACGCAGCUAGAGGUUUGUAAAUACUACAUAGGAUAAGCUAAUUCUUACAUCAAGUUUGGGCAAGAUUUCUUUGUCAUUGUACUUAAUCGAAGACUUGUAAAUUGCGCCCGGGUAUACUUCUGUAGGCUCUAGAACUGGGUUGGGAUAUCAUAUCUUCUGCUGAAUUCCAGUCACAUAUUUUAGUACAUUGCACUUUAUGUGAUUGUAGCCCUGGUUGAGGAUCUCAGUGAUUAGUUCUUGAUAUGCUUAUUCAUGUGCAUUGGUGGUGAAAUUCAUUUUUCUUCUCUUUUUUCA